GCGGCACCAGCGGCUGUUCAGAGCGCAAGAUGCAAACAACCGUUGCAGAUUAGAGCCGUAAAUAUAAUCUAGAAGAUAUUAUAUUUGUGUUAUAUGUGAUAAAUAUUCGCAACAGAAAGUUAUUUUGUUUUUUUUAACAUGGCAGAAAAAACGAAAACCAUGAGCCAUAUAAAACAUAUCCCUAAGGACGCUCAAGUCAUCAUGUCAAUCAUGAAAGAUAUGGGAAUAACGGAUUACGAGCCCAAAGUUAUUAAUCAGUUGUUGGAGUUUACCUAUCGAUAUGUCACAUGCAUAUUAGAUGACAGUAGGGUAUAUGCCAAUCAUGCAAAGAAAAAGUUCAUUGAUCUAGAUGAUGUCAGAUUAGCAGUGAAAAUGCAGCUGGAACGAACAUUCACUAAUCCGCCACCGAGAGAUGUACUACUAGAAGUUGCUCGUGCUAAAAACAGCAUCCCCUUGCCCUUUGUAAAGCCUAACAAUGGUCUUAGACUUCCUCCUGAUAGAUAUUGCUUAAACUCAACUAAUUAUAGGCUAAAAAAUGCCAUGAAGAAAGUUGGCCAGAAACCUGCACAUCCUUUAACAGGAAAUAAUCCAUCAAGUGGACAAUCAAGAACAAAAGUAGAAGGAAAUAAGGCUGGUUUGUCGAUUGUUAAGAGACCUGGCACCCUUGCUACUGUUGCUAGAACUCAAAGUAUAUCCAUACCAAAACCAGUCUUGAAAUUUUCCACAGCGACAACAACUACUACAGCAGUGAAAGCUCAGGUGACAAAACCAAAAAUACAGAUCUCUUCUGGACAGACAUUGGCACCUGUGAAGAUGGAAACAGAAGAUUCUUCAAUGAAAAGGAAACGCGAGGACGAAGAUUAUGACGUGUCAUAACUUCAAUUUUGAACAGUUUUCCAUUGAAUGUUUUCACUUUCCGUCAGUUUAACCAUCAAGAUAUGUAAGUUUGUGUGCAAUAAUAAGGUUCUGUUCUUUGUUUAAACAAAAUAAAGAGCAAAAUGUAUA